AUGUAUCGACCAGCCCUGAGGACAUGCGCAAGGCAAUGCGUCGCCAGACGCGCCGUCCCCGCCUCGAGGUCCUUCGCCUCCUCCAGCGGCCCUGUCUUCGACUGGGAGGACCCCCUUAAUGCGAAGAACCUCUUGACUGAGGAGGAACUCGCCAUCUCAGAGACCGCCGAGCGUUAUUGCCAGGAGCGCAUGUUGCCCCGCGUGCUUCAGGCCUACCGAGACGAGAACUACGACAAGAAGAUCCUCGAGGAAAUGGGCGAGCUGGGACUUCUCGGAGCGACGAUUGAAGGAUACGGCUGCGCAGGCAUCUCGACCGUUGCUGGUGGUCUCAUUACAAAGGCCGUGGAGAGGGUGGACAGCGGCUACCGCUCCGGCAUGUCAGUCCAGUCCUCUCUCGUCAUGGGCGGCAUUGCCGAGUUUGGCUCCGAGGAGCAGAAGGAGAAGUACCUGCCCGGCAUGGCCCAGGGUAAGGUGCUUGGUGCCUUUGGUUUGACGGAGCCCAAUCAUGGCAGCGACCCUGGCUCCAUGGAGACCACCGCGAAGCCUCACCCGACGAAGAAGGGCUACUACUCCAUCUCCGGAGCCAAGACGUGGAUCACAAACUCCCCCAUCGCAGAUGUUCUCAUGGUGUGGGCCAAGCUGCAAGAGACCGGAAAGAUUCGUGGCUUCCUCGUCGAUCGCUCCCAAUGCCCGCCGGGAACUCUCGAAACCCCCGCUAUUAAGAACAAGAACGGUCUGCGCGCCUCAAUCACUGGCAUGAUCCAGCUCGACGACUGUCCAGUACCGGAGGCGAACAUGUUCCCCGAGGUUGAAGGUCUUCGUGGUCCCUUCUCUUGCCUCAACAGCGCCCGCUACGGCAUCUCUCUGGGUGUCAUGGGAGCCUUGGAGGAUUGCAUCGCUCGCGCCAGGACAUACUCCCUCGAGCGCAAGCAGUUCAAGAACAACCCGAUCGCCAAGUACCAGCUAGUCCAAAAGAAGCUCGCCGACGCCGCGACGGAUGCCGCUUACGGCACUGUCGCCGCGAUCCAGGUCGGAAGACUGAAGGAUGAAGGCAAGGCGACGCCCGAGAUGAUUAGCAUGGUCAAGCGCCAGAACUGCGACCGCGCGCUGUGGAAUGCGCGUGUUCUGCAGGAGAUCUUUGGCGGCAAUGCGGUCAGUGAUGAGUAUGGUAUCGGCCGUCAUGUGGCGAACUUGUUCGUCACGCAGACAUACGAGGGGCAGAGUGAUAUUCACAGUCUGAUUCUUGGCCGUGCUAUUACGGGCAUCCAGGCUUUCGUCUAA